UCCAAAAGAUUUCAGUGAAGGAUUUUGAAAUGGUCUCCGCUCUAACUUUAAUUUGUGUACUCUUGCCAUUGGCAUUUGCCUCAGAAGGUGGGCAUGAAUGGAAUUAUGGAAAUUGUGCUCAUUGGGGCGAUGCAGAUCCCAAGUGUUUUGGUAAACAACAAUCACCCAUAGCUUUGGUAACAUCUGAGAGUACCACACCACAAUUGGCUCCACUUAAAUUCACCAACUAUGACAAGGCUUUAUUUGGCACUAUUAAUCUAAGCAACAAUGGUCACUCCGUUGAAUUCAGUGUACCAAAAACCGUUAAGGGAGAUCUUCCCACCAUCAGUGGUGGCAACUUGCCUGGCAAAUUCGAAGCUGUUGGUGUCCAUUUCCAUUGGGGCAGCAAAGGUGUCAAGGGCUCCGAACAUACCGUUGAUGGCCGUCAGUUUGAUGCUGAAAUGCACAUUGUCCACAAGAAUGUCAAAUACGCCAGCGUUCCUGAAGCCGUUGAACAUGCCGAUGGUUUGGCUGUUUUGGGUGUACUCUUCGAAGCUCCCAAAACUCUUACCCGCACUUAUCCUGCCUUAAGUGAAAUCUUUGAUAGAUUGCCCAAACUGGUUGACUAUCAAUCAACAACUCCACUUAAGAAGACCAUGUCAUUGAGUCAUUUAUUGGGUGAUCUCCAUACCACAAAAUUCUUUAGCUACAGCGGCUCAUUGACUACCCCAGGCUGUGGUGAAGCUGUUACCUGGCAUGUAUUCCCUGAACCACUUCAAAUUUCCAUGGAACAUUUACAGAAUUUCUGGGGCAUCAAAGAUGCCCAUGGUCAACCAUUGGUCAAUAACUUUAGACCCCUGCAAGAUCGUAAUGAUCGUCCUUUAUAUUACAACAAUGCUUAA